UGCUGAGAACCCACAGUUGGGACUCAAGAGCUGAAGUCUGAACUCCACCUUGAGGCAGAAUGAGGUUCACACUGGGAUCUCUGCUUCUCGUGCUGCUGCUGGCCUGCAGCCUGUUCCCCAUCCAUGGUGUUCUGGAGACCAAUGACACAAAUUUGAAGUGUCAAUGCCUCCGAAGCACCUCGAACUGGGUCCCUAUCCGCCUCAUUGAAAAGAUUCAAAUCUGGCCUCCUGGGAAUGGAUGUCCAACCAGAGAAGUCAUAGUCUGGAUGACAAAUAAGACAGCUAUCUGCUUGAACCCUCAAAGCAAACUGUUACAAAAACUAAUAAACCUGAUGUGGAGAAAAAAGACUUCUACAACUUUACCAGCUCCAGUGUCUAAGAAAAGCAUUGCCUGACGCCAAUAACCCCACCCAGGACACCUGCACGCCACCUUUUCUUCCCACUCUGGAUUUUAGUUUGGGGUUUGAUUGGCUCUUUUCCAGAAGAUCUUUCCCAUCCAAGCAAGCAUGAGAAUAUAUGCAAAAAUUAUCUUGCAGAAGCUGAUGGGGCAAGCUUGAGCUUUUUUUGAAUAUAGUGCCCCCCCUACUGACCAUUUGCGUUCUUAGUCAUCAGGGAGGAAACGGUUCCUUGAGGAUAGUUGUUUAGUUAUAAAUCACAGGGGUUUCUCUCCCAAAAAAACAUACCUGUUGUAGAAUGCUAAAUUUUCCAAGAAAAUAAGCCUUUGAGGAUUUAAACCUUAAAUCUGAACAUGUGGCUUGAAUUAAGGCGCAAAUGAUUGAAAUGAAUUUCAAUCAUUUUACACCCUAAGAAAAGCAAGCCUCUGGAAGAGAUUGAAAAAGCUGCCUGGGAAACCCAUGGAGUUUCAGCCUGACAAGAGACAGAAGGUUCAUGUCAUAGCUAUCCUUUGUUUAAAAGCUCACUCUUGAGAGGAAUGGGGUCCUUCUUCAACUUUUAAAAACUUUCUUUAUCAGAUUUAUUGUCACAGAUAAAGACGAAUAGCUUCAUAUAGAGACUAUUUAGGAAAAGCAUAUUUAGAUGUAUUCUCAUACAUUUGCUUUGAUGAACUUUUUUUUUAAAUCAUCUUUUGCACAGAGUAUCUGGGGGGGGGGCUCUCUGGUGUUCAAUUCUUUAAUGCUUCCUAUUAAUCUAAUGCUAUUCAAUAAACUUGAACAAUUGUUUUACUUAA